AGCAAGCGUUUUCAGUUCUAUUUUCUCUCUUUGUGCAAAGAUGGGGAAAUUACAAAACUAUAUUGGACUGCUUGCUGUGGCAUUUGUAUUGGUGAUUGGAGUAGCGGAAUGCAGAAAAAUUAAGGAGAAUGAAUUAGUUGAUGGCUUUGGAGGAGAUGGAUUGGGUGGUGGUGCCGGUGGAGGUUUUGGUGGUGGUGCUGGUGGAGGAGGAGGACUUGGAGGUGGACAUGGGGGUGGCAUUGGAGGCGGUGCAGGCGGGGGUUUCGGAGGUGGUAAAGGUGGUGGUGUAGGAGGAGGAAUUGGAGGUGGACACGGUGGUGGAGUAGGGGGAGGAAUUGGUGGUGGUGGAGGCGCAGGAGGGGGUUUUGGAGGUGGUAAAGGAGGCGGUGUAGGAGGAGGAGUUGGAGGUGGGCAUGGUGGUGGUGUAGGGGGAGGUAUUGGUGGUGGUGGAGGCGCAGGUGGAGGUGCCGGUGGAGGCUUUGGAGGGGGUAAAGGUGGUGGCGUAGGUGGUGGAAUUGGAGGUGGUCAUGGAGGUGGAGUAGGGGGAGGAAUUGGUGGUGGUGGAGGUGCUGGUGGAGGUGCCGGUGGAGGUUUCGGAGGGGGUAAAGGUGGUGGUGUAGGUGGUGGAAUUGGAGGUGGUCAUGGAGGUGGAGUAGGGGGAGGAAUUGGUGGCGGUGGAGGUGCUGGUGGAGGUGCCGGAGGUGGCUUUGGAGGCGGUGCAGGAGGUGGUGCCGGUGGAGGCUUUGGAGGCGGUGCAGGUGGAGGUGCCGGUGGCGGCUUCGGAGGUGGAGCAGGUGGGGGCGCCGGUGGUGGCUUUGGAGGUGGUGCUGGCGGUGGAUUUUGAAUUUAAAUAUAUUCUUAGUAGCAUACUCUAUAUUAUGCAAUGUAAUGGUCAUUCAUGGAAGCAGGCUCGUACGUAAUAAUCUAAUAUAUAAUAUAUAGA